AUGAUGCAGUUCGCCCUACUGCUACUCAUUACAGUUAACCAAAUUGAAGGACUUCCUAGAAGGUUCCGAAGGCAGUAUGGUUGGUUUGACAAUGGACAAGAAAGUCAGUGGCAACAACCAUAUUGGGGACGCGAUUCGUUCUUUCCGAAUUUUUUCCAAAAUGGACAAUCACGUCAACCAAACUAUGGAUAUAACUCUUAUAACGGCAAUUUUCCGCGGGAAGAUGUGUAUUUUCCCCAUUAUUCUAAUUCUUACUCCUUGACUGUGAGCCAGGAUAGUUAUGCAACCCCACCCACGCAGUACCCAGAUAGAAGGCCAAGUAGUUACAUUCGACCAAUUCUUCCUCAUCACAUCGCAACAAUGGAGCCAAAACCGAAAGUUCCGGUGGUUGUCGAGCGAACAACCGUGUUUGCUGAUAAAAUUCCAACAACUCCGGUACCAACCGUUGUUCUUGUGCCGACGACCGAAAACGCAUACGAAAAUUUGGAAACAUCGACCGUCACAGACACAACAUCGAAUCCCUCAACUGAGACAAUUAUGUCUAAAGAAUCGAAAAAUUUUUUUGAGGAAAACUUUUCUCAAGCGUCAUCAAUAUCUCCACUGACCGAGAAGGAUUAUGAUUUGAAUUUUACUGAAGACACGAUCCUUGAAAGUUCCGGAUCAGUGAUCUCUGAAAAUGAGUCGACGAGUGAAGCAAGCUUAUCAGAGUCGAAUGAGGGGAACGACUCGCUUAGUGCCGAAACGUCAAACACAACAUUUUUAUCAACCGGCGAAAAUGAAUCGAAAAUCGAAUCGCCGACGUUUAUUGAUGGAAUAAUCGGAUUGCGGCCGCCACCGUUGCCGACAGACGCCGAAUUGAAAAAUAAAACAGGUGUCGAAAUUGUGAAGUGGACUGAUUCAGAAAAUUUCAUCAAAAAACUGCUCAAUCUAUUUUGA